UUGAGGAAGGGAGCUACAAUUUAUUUAAAAAAAUUAUCAUAACAAGUUUCUAAUCCUUUCAGAACCACGUGCUUCUCAUGAUUUGAAACUCGGCGCCUUUCACAGCGGCUGAACAACUGUUUUUCUGGUGCUGCCUGUUUCUAUUCGGCAUUUGGUUAUGAAAAUGUACUCUAUCCAAAUUUAGUUAAAAAGCUGACUCCGGCGACCACUCAAUUCGGAAGUUGAGUUAUUCAAGCUCUACUAUUCACCGUACGAAUGAGUUCAUUCUCUGAUUUCCUAAGCGCGCACGCACAUUUGAUGGAUAGUUGCUUUUCGAAAACUGCAACAACGGCGUUCGGUUUUCACUUCCUUAGGCUUAAUGGUAAGUCUAAUAUUUUGAUACUGUUAUGAGUGUCACUUGUUAGCUAUUAGCGAAAAUAUUGUGCUCAUGCUGUGGCGUACUUUAUUACUUGUGUGUGAAUGAUAGAAGUAAAUGAAUAAUUAACUUUGUGAGAAUUAUUUUAAGACCCUCCGUUUGUCAACAAAAGGAAAUAUUAUUCCAACAGGAAAAGGAUAUUGAAUAGCCAUGUAUGCAGGCGUUAACUCGACAUUCGAAAUAACGGGUAGUGUUGUAGCACCGGAUAGUGAUUGCUUACCUGAUAUUCCGGAAUGGAAAAAAAUUUUAAUAAUGAAGAAACGUGCAGGAUUUGUUGGAACUGGUGUGGAUGAGUUUACUCGUCGUAACCUAGAUUCGUCAGCUAGUAAUGUAAACAAUGCGUCUAGAAGCGGUGCUUGUAGUAACAACACACGUGAUAAUUUAGCCGCGGGCGGCAGUAACAAGUUUGGUAGGCCAGCAAAAGUAGUAGAGCAAGAUUUCCGAGAGACUGCUCCUCUUAAAACUGUCACUAUUGGCAAUAUCAACAUUGAACUAAGAAGUGUUAAGUCAGCACCUGAAAAUCAGUUCUCAUUUUCUGAAAUUUCUAAAUCUGAAAGGAGCUCGAAUGGUGAUUUUUUAUCUCACGAUUUUGAUAAUGGGGACUGUCAAGAUCUCCAGUAUGGCCCCGGUAUCGUUGAUCGCUUACGUGCUCGUUUUCUUAACAUGGGACUCAAACAACAAAUCGAACCUGUAGUACGGCGAUUUUCAAGUUUGGAAAAUUUACCCGUUAGCAAUGCAGGACCAUACAGAGUUAAUGUUCGUGGAUUUCGGCAAAACGGUUUCAAACCUGGUACAGGUAAUGUGAAAAAAGCUCAAAGUAUGGAAACUUUGAUUUGCACUACUCCCGAGCAGCAGAUAUUUACGUCGAACCGACGACUUAAUGCUCGGCACGUUGCAGGUGUCAAGGGAAAAAUUUUGAAAAAUAUCUCUCCGAUUUCAGUGUUGACAAAUGAAAAUGAUGAGCCUGAAGAGAAAACACCGUCGCCAGCCGUUUCGCCAAGGUCGUUUUCUAAGUCAUUUCGGCGGUGGGAUUACAAUCGAAGUGUUUCUGCGCCAAAUAUCAACGAAGACGAGCUUCCCAAGCCUGAUACGGUGAAGCACGUUAAAAAAAUCUUCGAAUCGCCGUCGCCCGUUGUGAACUGUUCUGAGAAGCCAUUGAGCCAAAGUGGCGGUGCGCGCUUCCGUAAAAUUCCAGGUAGCACGACCACAUCUACCUCAGUUUGCAAUAACGGUGCCAUUCGACCAUCGGUCAAGAAACACGACGUUGUGUUAGACGAGGACUGCCUAGAUGCCAUACCAAGUGCCAAAGAAUUGCUUGACGUAAACACUGAGGAAAAGGAGUUAUCCUUCUCACCUGAGCGGGAAGUGGGGAAGUGCAAUGAUUACCAGGGAAGUAGGAGCCCGGUAUUGGAUGACAAUUUAUCAGCUAAUAGCUCACGUGACACGCUUCUUACGCAAGCAAGUAUAUUAUCUUCGAAAAGUAGUCACCAGAUUUUGAUUGACACUCCUCAGUUAGACGAGAGUUUUGAGAGAAAGGGAGACGCAGAGUUAUUUCUUGGGGUCACACCCGAGCAGUUACCUCCACUGGAGGGUGAUAAACAUACCGAACUAUUGUCUCGAGGUAGUCCAGUCAGCCAAGUGGAACUUUUUCAACAAGACGAAGAUCAACCAACAGGUGUCAGUAGCCCAGAAGACGAGGGGAUGGUGGUUGUAAGCAGUGAAUCCUUACCGAAGAAGGGAGGAUCCACCUGGCAGAAAGCCCCACCGGCUACCACUUCAAUUGUGUUCGAUUUCCGAGGGAAGGAUGUGAAGCCAAAUAUUUCUUUGAAUCCAGCCCCGUUCGGCUGUAGGCCGGCGAAGGUAACCAAGAAUUCCAAACGCUCCGGUUCUCCUCCUCGAACAGGAAUUAACAGGGCGGAUCCCAAGAACUACAUCGUUGACGAAGAGCUCCAGAAUGGGGCUGAGGAUGAGGAGGAUUGGGAUGAAAUGGACAUUGGGGCUGAUCUUCCGGCAGUGUCUGGCAUUGUGUUUUCUGGAGAAAAUGUCAAAGUUGGCAGGGGAGCAUUGCUAGAGAAGAGGAACAAAAAGUUAAGUAUCCAGUUUGAUGACAGAGCAACAUCUACAUUUGAGUAUCCUUCUGAAAAUGCUAGUCCUUCUCCUAGAGAAGAGGUUGAUUCCUGGAAAAAUUCUUCUUUCAAUUCUCCAACGGCCGUGGGAUCAGAUUCCAGUUCUCGAUUGGGAUUAUCAAAUUAUACACCCCAAGUUUUGAGUGGUAGUCAUGAAUUCGAACUAGGUGUUUCUCAAUCAAACCUCAGAGCUGCAUCCUUGUCUGAAAAUUGUCAAAAGGCUGAUAAAGACCUUAUAGUAGAUGCAAUUAUUCCUGCCAAUCCUGAUGACACUGGAGGCUGGUCAGCAACUGAAACUGCAGAUAUUCUUUUUUAAAGAAUGCCAUCUAUGAAGUUAUGCUAUUUUGUGCAAAGCAAAAGCUGUUUCAUAAUGACACUGAUAUUACUGACGGUGAAUAAAGUUUUCAUCAUACAAGGGUUGAAUUAACGUAGAAUAUUUCUUAUGCUUACUAUUUCUAUCAGUUAAAAAAAACUAAAAGUACUAUCAUGUGUCCCCCCCCCCUUUAGUCUGAUAUUUUCUAAUUUGGAAAUCUAUAGUUGUUCACCGAGUAACUGAAAUUUUUAAUAUGCAUCUGUAUGCAGAUACAUUAAAUUCAGUUUUGUUGCCAAAGAUUAGAGAAUUUUAAUUUAAAGGUGACAUUUUUCAUUUUGCAUAUUUUUUAUAUGUGUAUAUCAGGCACUUUCAUUUUAUUUAUGUGUGAACUGCAUGUUUUUAAUACUGGAAAAUGCAUUUCCGUUAGUCACAAAACAUUUUAUGCAAAGUUCAUAAAUGACUUAUAACUUUAUAUUACCAGUUGUCAAAUCCUAUUUAAUUUACAAAAUAAAAAAAUGAUUCAAAUGAAUAUUUAUAGGCCAUAUAUAUAGAAUUUUACUAUUUGAUAUUUCAGUUUUAGAUGUAGAACAAAUUUUAUUUAUUCAUUAUGUGAAGAAUAAAAAUUUGGUUCCUUUAUUUGUCUUCACUAUUUAUUUAAGUUACUUUUUGUGUUCUUUUUAAGCAGUAGUCAUUUCUCUUCAUCUUAUUUAAAAGCUCUCUUCCCAUUUUUUGCUUGUAUAAUUUAUUCAUUCGGUAAAUGCUGUUUUGCAUUCUAUCCUGAAGUAUUAAUAUAAGAUGGAAAACAUUCAGUGAGAUGUUUGGUGAAAACCUAAGUUUGUUAGUUUUGUAAUGUUGUAAAUGUACCUCAAAAAUAUCAAGAAACCCAUUCUGACUUUCUGAUAUAAAUCUUUCUUAAUUUCCAUAAUUGUUUACGAUAAAUAUAGUUACAUUCUUUUUUAAAGCCAUAAUCCAUAUAUAUUCAUGAAAAUUUUGGCUGAAACGAAAAUUCGAAUGAAAUUAGAAUUUCUUUUGAGAGUUCUGUUUUUAUUUGCUUCAUAUUGAUUGCACUUUCAUUAGUAUUGAUUGAUUCAAGUUCAAAUAACUCUUUUUACUAAUAGCUUAUCGUUUUAGAUAUUUCUAAUCACUUGUUCAGUGUGUCAAAGAUAGUGCAUAUUGUUGAAAAUAGAAUAUUGAUUUGUCAUUUCCCAUUCUUACAUUUUAUUUGUAGAUUCUUAUGCCUAUGUUGUUGUAACUUUAUUUAAAAAAAGGAAAUCACUUUCAAAAGGAAAAAAAUAUAUUUUUUAUGGAAUUUGUUUAAUAUUCAUAAGGUGGGUAUUAGUGAUUUGUGCUUUAAAAAAAUAGAUUUUAUCUUGUUAUUUUUAUGCAGCAUUUCUUCUGAAUUUUAAAAAUAUCUUUUUUAAAUUAGCAGCUUUCUUCCUGCAUUAAUAUCUUCACAAUAUUAUUUUUCAUGUAAAAACAGAAAUGCAAAAAUAAGAACUUACUUUGAAAUAUGUUUUUGCUACACGAUUUCACCCAUUUCAAAUACAUUUUUCUGCCUUUUGAAGUAAUUUUAGAGAACUACUGAUUGUUAUAUUGUGCUCCAAGAGUUUAAAUAUGCAUUCUAUUUAUGUAUACAUAUUUUAUGAAUAUGCCUUGCUGAAUUUUUGCAUUUGUAACCCAUCAUGUGGUGCUAUAUCAGACUUUGUAAGCUGUUCUUAAUAAUAUGUAUCAAGCAUGUAUUUUCCUUUAAAUACUUCUUCUGAGAAUACUAUUUCUGAUUUAAAAAGUAAACUAUUCUUAUGUGCGACGACUUUAUCUUCUGUCUUGCCUUGAUUAUGUCAAUGCCUUACAUGAAAUAAUUCACUUGUAAGAAUUAGCAUAAACUAUGCCUUUAUUCAACAUAGAUGCCAUAAUUUUUGGAAUUUUUAAAAUGUAUUCUGGUAUAUAUUUUAAACUUGAUGAAUAUUGCUCAUCUCAGCUAAUGAGAUUUUUUACUUUUUAUAUUAUGAAUUUGGUAUUAUUUUAUUAAUAUUUAACUUUUAUAGUGUAUGGUAGAUACGUAAUCUUUGUACAAAUGAAUAUUCAACUAACUGUUUAUCAAAAUGUAGGUAAUUAUUAUUUUAAAUAUUUCUGAUGCAUUAUGAGAUGUUGUAAUGUGAAAUAACUUAUCCUGUAAAUGGUAUACCACCCAAUAUUUUAGAUGUUGCUUAUAUGACAGUUUUGAUAACAUAAGCUGAUCAGUAACAGAAAUUGAAUCUAAGUUUUUUACUUAAAAUAGAUUUUUAGUUUUGAAAGUAAUCCACAACUUGCCUUAUCUUUAAGCUUGUGACUAACAUUUUUUUAUAUAUUUAAAAGGAAGUACUGUAAAUAAGUUUAGUAUUAGCAGCAAUUGUUUUGGAGCAUUAAAUGGAGGAUCGGUCUUUAACGCUAAACGUACCGAUGCACUUGAAAAAGCUAAUUUUACCACUCGCAGUACGUUUAGAGUUAAUCUUCUUAUAUUUUGUUCUCAAGUAUCGAUAUUUUACAUGAAUAAAUUUGCCCCGAACGAGCAAAUUCUUCCAUUAACUGUACAUUCCGUCAAAAAUGUAUUCGAAUUUUCUUAUUGCUCACAGUCUACAAAUCGUAAAAUCAAGCUAAUUGUGGCAUUUGAGUUAAUAAAUUAUUUAUGUUUUCUUAUGAGUCCAUUAUUGUACUUAUUUUCAAAUUUCCUUGGCAGCUCUCUCUCUCUCUUCUUUUUAUUCUACAUGAUUUGUCACAUAAAAAAUUCUUGGAAUCGAACUUUUAUGUAAUUUUCGGUAAAACAACCGAAGAUGUACAAGAAUAAGUCUUAUGUGAUGCCUCCAUAUACAUAACUUUUGAAAAUAGGUCAUAUUUAUAACUUUCCAGUGCCUUUUACAUUUCAUUCGCAGUGACUUAGUCAUUCAUUUUACCCCGGGCGUAUCUUACUUUGUGGCUAUCCAUAAUUAAGAUUGAGAUAUACCCAUUUGAAGUCCCUCCCCCCUUGUAUAUUGGAACUGCUGUGAACUAGAAUCUCGAAGAUCGCAUGCUUCGACAUUUCAUUAUAUCGCUUUUUAUAUAUAGAUUUUUUUUUUAAAGUUGUGGAAUAUUCUAAAAACAUAAAUAAUUAUAUAAAAUAAAAAUAUUUCCUUAGUUUUUUUUUUAAUAGGCAAAAAUGGUAAUUAAAUGGCUGUAAAUGCCAGUUUGAUUUUUAUGAAGUUUUCACCAAACGAAAAUUAAUAUCAUUUACGAAAAUUUUGGAUGUGGCAUUUAUAUUCAAUUGCUUUUUAGUAGGAAAAAAAACGAAAAUUAAAAAUUUGCCUUUUGCAGCUUUAAUUUUCUAUUUAUUAUUUAAAUAUUCCUUGUAUUAACUUUUUUAAAUCUUGUUUUGCAUUGAAGUAUUUCGUCAUGCUUAGUUAACAGGUUAACUGCAGAAUUUAUUCCUUUCAUAUAUUUAUUAUUUUCCUUUUAUUGUUUCAUGUUUAUACAAAAUCGUAUUUAUACAACUGUUUCCAUCAAAGAUUUAACAACUAGGAUUAUCCUUUCUUCUGAUCCUAUUAAGUUUCUAUCCUCUCUGAUGUAUUAUGUUUAAAGUUAAGAAAAUUGAAUCGAAUGUUUGUUGUAUCGAUUUUUACGCUUGUUCUCUGCUCUGUGUAUCAUAAUUAUUUUGAAAAGGAAACAUUAAUUAUUUGACUAAUUAUUUAUUUAAAAUGUUCAAUUUUUUUAUUUCAGCAAUACUUUUCCCCCAACUAAUACGUAUAAUAGCUCCUCGAAAAAGAUGAAAAUGGCAAAAUUCGGCAUGUAUUAGAAUUUUCUGUCUCUUGAACUAUUGAGCUGAAAUUAUUUAAAUUUUGCACCUCGAUUUUUCAGUUUCUGCUUUUCCGAUUAGCAUCUAAAUUUUUGUUUUAUUAAUAAUUUUUAAAUAUAAUUAAAAUUCUAAAAUAUUUUUUAAAUAUGAAAAAGUGCACAAUUUAUUUGUUUAAUUAACAAUUUAAUGGAAGGAAAGAAUUGUUUUAAUUGAUCAGUUAUAUCUAGGGGUAUAUCGAAAAAUCUGCAUAUUUCAUUUAACGUUACUAUAUUCGAAUUUCAAUUUCUCAUAAAUUCGACACUCGUUUCAUUGAAAUAGAAAAGUUUUAUUUGCAUUCGAACUAAUUUUAUUUGCAGAAUAUGAAUUUGCAAUUUAAAUUGGUUGUUUCCAUUAAAAAAAAAAUUAGUUCGCAUGAAAUUUUAUAUGUAGAUGUCCCCCGGCAGAACCAAAAAUUGCAUACAUCUUUAAAGAUCAUUUUUCUAAAAUGACUUUCUUUUGAUUUUAAUGUGCGAUUAAUAGCUUUUGAGUAACUAGUAACGUUCCGAUACAUUUUUGACAUCCUGUGUUAUCUUCUUUUAUUUGAUUUAAUAGAAGAAAUUGUUUAUUGAAGUCUGUUUUAUUAUUCGAUGCAUCGAUAAAUUUUACAAAUGGUUAAACUUCUGAAAUCAAAAUGGUGAGUUGCGUUGUGAUACUGUUACCUUUUAAAUCAUUCCAGUUUGCUAAUAUUUUUACUUUUCUUAUGGUUUGUUCUCUCCUCUAAAUUAAUCUGUUCUUCAAUUCCCGUUUUUCUGCUAACUUUUAAUAGAUAAAAACAUAAUCAGUGACUUUUCUAAUUCUACAUCUUUAUGUAGCCACAAAGCCAUUGUGAAAAUUGUCCCCAUAUUGUUAGAUGAUAGAAGUGUACAACUAAGAACAUUUCCUACUUGAUCAUUCUAAAUGUAAAUAUUAAUUAUAUCGUGAUUAUUUUAAUUAAAUACACUUAUUUCAUCUUCUUGAUUUAAAAUAGUAUCUGAAAAGUAGUUACUAUUUUUGAAAUGAAAUGCGUUUUACGCACUGUGUUGUUAAGUUUCUCCUCUCUUCCCCCAUACUGCUAAAAUUCUUCAUAGUGAACUUGGGAGCAACAUUUCUUUACUAUGUGUAGCUUUGUCGUUCUUGUGUAAUUGUAACUAAUUUGUAAUAUUAUGAAACAGUCCUCAUUUAUAGAAAUGCUGUGGUAAUAAUCGGACAAUAGCCUAAAUAUUCAUAAAAUUGUAUUAAAAAUUAUAAAAUAAUUGUGCUGAAAGGUGAGGUUUAAUGUAAAAGUAAACUUUUUCAAAUGUCUUUUUCAAUGCAUAAUUUACCAUUUAUAAUGGAUUAGCUUCGUCUUAAUAAAUUAUUUUGAAAACUUGAAAACAAGGCAUGAAUUUUGGCUGUUGCUAAAAUAUGUAACUUUAAAUUGAGAAACUGCUCCGACGUAAAAAUAUGUACUUUUUAUUUAAAAUAUACGUUUUGAUAAAUAAUAAUUUUUGUGCUGUGGGAAUUCUGUAUGAUUUAAAAUGACUUUUCUUAGAAUACUUCCAAUCAUCUUUUAAAGCAAUACUGUUUAGUAGAUAUAUCUGUGAUGUUUUUCUUUUGAAUGAAAUGUACUUUUAAUGCUGUAAGUGUUUGAAAGUUUGUUGUGUAUGCAUAUACUGCUUAUACAUAUUUAAGAUAUUUUUGUUAUAAAAAUUGUGCUUGAAUAUAACAUUCUAAUUCUGUAGGCAUUUUUUUAAGUAUGAACAUCUAAUUGUUUAUUAUUUUUAAAUUAAAAUACAAAGAAUUAUGCUAAUAUAUUUUGGUUAGAAAAUUUUCAGAUCAUUAAAUUGUUUUAUAGUUGAAUGUCUUUGAUGUUUCACAAUUUAAAUAAGCGAAACUAACUGAAUAAAUAUCUGCAACUUUUCUAUAACUUUUGAAUAAAUAUCUUCAACUUUUCUAUAACUUUUGAAUAAAUAUCUGCUAUCAAUUUAUCUGCAACUGCAUUUUAAUGAAUGCAUUUGAUAUAUAUGUAUUUUGUGGUAAAGAACGUCAUUUGUUGAGAAUUGUGAAACAUUUCAUAAUUUGAGUGAUAAAUAAUAAAAUUUGGUUACAAAAGUAAAUUUUAGAGAAAGUUAAUUUUUUCUUUAAAUAUCAAAGCUGAACGAUAUCAAAGUAAACGAUUUUUGGAAGAAUGGAGAGUUUAUAUAUUUUUCUUUUUAAUUAUUUUGUUAUGGUUCUUAGAUGUUUAGAGUUACCGUUUGGAUUCUUGUGCUGAUUAUUUGUUAGCUAUAUGAAAUAUCUGAUAGUUUAAGUGAUAAAUAUAUUUUAUAUAAAUUUUUAUACUCUUAUAAUUUAAGCAUUUUAAUUUUUCCAAUAAAGCUUUGGGUAUUGUAUAUAGAUUUGUUGUAUCAUUCUCUAGUUGUAUAGUUUUAGAAUUUUUUGUAUUAAAUUUUAUAUAAAACUGUGCACAUAAAUGUUAUUAAACCAAAGAAAUUCUUAUUUGCUUUUAUCUUUGGAAUAAUAUAUAAAUCUGCACUUUUCCAUUUGAUAUGAAAUAAUGUUUCCUUAAUACUAUUAUUUAAAAAAUUGUGUACACCUUUUUGUUUGAUAAAUGAUGAAUAUUUGAAAUUUGAAUUGCAAGUUCAUUGUUUCCUAAGCUGUUAUUGUUUAUUUGCAUUCAUGCUGCAUUUGUAUCAUCAUCAUUUGAAUUAAUAUUUGUAUCUUGGACUUAAAUAAAAGGUGGAUGAUCAAAAUAUAUUAAUUCAUAUUGUGCUCAACUUGAAUUAAAAUAUUACUUCCUCUUGUUUGAAGACAGGACUCAAAUUUGUUUGUUUUUUGUGAAUGCCAAACCACUUAUUUUUUUAUGUGUUCUGGUCAACAUAUUUAUUAUUUAAACUACUUUUUUAAUUAUUCUAAUAUAAUUAAUGUCGCCUCUCUGUUGUUAUUUAAUGAUUGCAAUUAAAAAAUGAUUGGUGAAUGCAAUUUUACUCUGUCAGUAUUGUGUGUUGAGAAAUAAAUUAAUUGUUUGAAGUAUAUAUUUAUAUUAGCAAUUCAUUAUUUAUACAAGAAAUAAUUAUCUUUCCAUAAUAAUUUAAUUUUGUCUGAAUAGCAAUGCAGCUGAUAUAAGAAUUAAUGUGAUGGAAGUUUUGCCUUCCAAAAAAUGUAUGUAUAAUACAGUUUCUGCCUAGUCAUUGUGAUUUUUCUGCCAAAAUAUGAGUAAGUCAAUUUUGUAUAAAAUUUUGUUUCUACUUAGUUUCUUGAUUGUAUAUUUUUCAAAUCUGUUCACAUUUCUUGGUUGCAUUUCAAGAUAUAGUAGAAUGUAAGCUUAUAUGAAUUUGAACUUUUAUUUAAUUUACAUGUAAGGUUAUAUAUUUAAGUAGGCAUUGCUGCCUUGCAGUCAGAAAUAUUUGUUAUAGCUGCAGACAUAAUGGAUGACAUAAUUUUUUUUUGUAUGAUGUUAAUAAAUGUGCACA